AUGCUGAGAAGCUGCGCUGCGCGCCUGCGCACUCUUGUGGCUGCGCCGGCGAGACGGCCGGGACCGGUGUGGAGGUUGUUUUCUUCUGAGAAAGUCGUUCACAAGGACUAUGGUCUCCCAAACCCCAGUUGGAGCAAGGACCUAAGACUCCUCUUUGACCAAUUCAUGAAGAAAUGUGAAGACGGCUCCUGGAAACGUUUGUCUUCAUACAGACAAAAUCCUACUCGAGUCCUUAAAGACUUCCAAACCCGCUUUGUUGACCCCCGGUUUAUGAAAGAAGAACAAAUGUCAAAGGCCCAACAGUUCACCAGAAGCUUUGAGGAAGGCUUGGGCUUUGAAUAUGUGAUGUUCUAUAAUAAAGUGGAGAGGAGGAUGGUUUGCUUGUUUCAAUCAGGUCUUCACCUGCAAGGGGUACCUGGAUAUGUUCAUGGAGGCGCCAUUGCAACCAUCAUUGACGUCACCACUGGCAUGUGUGCAUACGCUGAGGGAGUUGCCAUGACCGCCAACCUCAACAUCGACUAUAAAAAACCUAUCCCCCUUUGUUCCGUUGUGGUGGUAAACUGCCAAAUUAGUAAUACUGAAGGAAGGAAACUUUUUGUUUCCUGUAGUAUUCAGAGUGUUGAUGAGAAGACAUUAUACACAGAGGCAACAGCUUUAUUUGUAAAGCUGGAUCCUGACAAGCGUUUGACAUAA